AGUUUUGAAAGUUCAUCCAAGUGUGAUAAAAUGAGAAUCUUUUCAGUGACCGUUCUGUGUUUGUGCUAUAGUGAAAUUCUUGGAGAUCUCGAUUGGUGGAAAACUGCCAAUAUCUAUCAAAUUUAUCCGAGGUCCUUCAAGGAUUCAAACGGUGAUGGAAUAGGUGAUCUCAAUGGGAUUACCGAAAGGCUGCCUUAUUUAAAAGACUUAGGGAUUCAUGCUGUAUGGCUGUCUCCAAUUUUCAAAUCGCCAAUGAAAGACUUUGGCUACGACAUCUCUGACUUCUACGAUAUCCAACCGGAAUAUGGGACUAUCCAAGACUUUGAACAUCUUCUAAAAGUAGCUCAUGAUCUUAACAUAAGGGUUCUUCUUGAUUUUGUGCCUAAUCAUUCAAGUGAUGAAAAUGAAUGGUUUGUGAAGUCAGCAAAUCGAGAUCCAGAUUUUGAGGAUUUCUAUGUGUGGCAUCCUGGAAAGGAGGAUCCUUCAGAUGCUACAAAAAAGUUGCCUCCGAGCAAUUGGUUAAGUGUAUUUCGUGGAAGUGCUUGGAGAUUGCAUGAAGGAAGAGGAGAAUAUUAUCUUCAUCAGUUCGUUUAUCAACAACCCGAUUUGAAUUACAGAAAUCCGAAAGUUGUAGAUCAAAUGAAAGAUGUCUUAAGAUUCUGGCUCAACAAAGGUGUUGAUGGGUUUCGCAUAGAUGCUGUUCCACAUCUCUAUGAGAUUGCUCCAAAAAAUGGCCAAUACCCAGAUGAACCAAAGAGCGGUAAUUCCGACGAUCCAGACAAUUCAGCUUACCUGGAUCAUAUUUACACACAAAAUCAGCCAGAAACUGUACAAAUGGUUUACCAAUGGCGAGAAGUUCUCGAUGAAUUCACAAAUAGAGAUCAGAAUACAAGACUUAUGCUAACGGAGGCGUAUUCUAACAUUGACAUCCUCAUGACCUAUUACGGAGAUGGUGUUAAGAAUGGAUCACAUGUUCCUUUCAAUUUCUUUCUUAUCACUCAGCUUAAUAACGAUUCCAAUGCAAUUAAUUUCCAUAAGACCAUUCGGCUUUGGUUGGACAAACUCCCUCAGGAUUGUAUAGCAAACUGGGUUAUAGGAAACCACGAUCAGAGGCGUGUGGCAUCGAGAUUUGGUACUUACAGAAUUGAUGUCAUCAACAUGAUUCUCAAUACCCUUCCUGGUGUGAGCAUUACCUACAACGGUGAGGAAAUUGGAAUGACAGAUGUCUUCCUUACAUGGGAAGAGACAGUUGAUCCUGCUGCAUGCAAUUCUGAUCCGCAACACUAUCAAGAAUUCUCUCGUGAUCCUGAGAGAACGCCUUUCCAAUGGGAUGACUCCACAAGUUCGGGUUUCUCAACAAAUCCGAAAACUUGGCUUCCGGUCUCCCCUCUGUACAAAGAAGUCAACGUUAAAGUUGAACGUUCAUCUCGAAGAAGUCACUACAAAGUCUACCGGAAGCUUCUUCAAUUGAGGCGAACACCCACUCUUCAGAAAGGAAACGUUGAAACCCGGACUCAUGGGGAGAAUGUACUGUCUAUCACUCGAAGUCAUCCUGGUGAGGAUACCUUCAUCACAGUGGUGAACAUUGGACCUGAUCACGAAAUGGUUGACCUAAGGGAACUCUUCUCUGGACGGUUAAUCUUUCACAUCGUCUCUGUGUCCUCGUCUAGGCAAGAAGGAGAUCCCGUUAAGGGCCCAAUUUUAGACCUGGGCCCACAUGAAGGAGUUAUCCUAAAAGGAUCAGCUGGGGCUUCCUACUUUGGGUACUUAAUCGACAAUGAGGCAUAAGAUCUAAAUAUAUCAAUACUUGAUGUAAUAAAUUUACUUUGAUUAAAGCUUGUAUAAUUUAA